UCAAAACGGGCCAAUUAUUCAGCAGGUGCCGAAAUUGUCUGUCGUCGAUUUCAUUUGAACCUCGAAAAUACAUGGCAUUUCAAAAUGUACUCUAUUGCAAGUGCCUCAGAUCAGCAACGGAUACCGUGAAUUAUUUUGAACAUUGUGUCCAAUUACUGAGAGCAUUUGUAAUUAGCCAUAAAAGUACAGAAUGCUUGCUAUGGAGCUCAAAAGGUUUCUAAACGUAAACCAUACAACAUGUAGCACGUGUACUGAUAGCAUAUCGUUUGUUUCGAGUGUACAUUCAAAGAAUCAAUCAAGAAGAAGACAACUUGAAAACCUAAAGCUGUGGCUUGAACAGAACUGUAAUAGUCUUCGCAGAUCCCAAGUGGUACUGCAAGUGUGGAAUAUGCAAUGGCAAGUGGGUACCAAAGAGAACUUUUCAUCGCCACACAGAUGAAGUCUUCAGCAACAAAACAGUGCCCUUACUUCCAAAGUAUCAGUUUGAUGAGGCUGCAUACAGGGAUGAAAAUCUCCUUUCACCUCUUUUCUCGGGAGCGAACACUACUCUGUUGGAAGCUGUUACACAACAUUUACAUGUGUUUUCUACCAAUCACGGGAUGUCGAAAAGUGCUUUAACAGAUGUACUGAAGACUGAAAAAAGGACUCUCCCACAACCUAAUAAUUUGCCAGCAUCAUAUAAGGAGGCGAAAGAUUUGAUCAAACAUCUCCUUAUUCCAUUAUAUAAAUAUGAUGUGUGUGUUAAUGACUGUGUUGUGUAUAGAGACAAUACAGAGUUUGCUGGAUUACAGUCUUGUCCUAAGUGCAAGGAGCCACGAUACUUCAAUGGCAAAGUGAGAAAAUCAUUUACAUAUAUGCCCCUUGGACCUAGAUUAGCAAGAUGGUUUGGAACGUUCAACCUUUGUAAGCUUCUGUAUGCAGAAAAAAUCAGUGUGAGGGGAACAUUGACUGACUUUGUAGAUGGAUCACUAUACAAUUCAUGGUUUCAAACUGGUGGUGUAUUCGAAGCUACAGAGGAGCCAUUAUGUGUUCCACUCUCCUUAUUUACGGAUGGAGUUAAUCCGAACAAGCACACUUCCAGCCAAAAAUCCAUGUGGCCACUAAUUCUUACCUGGAUCAACCUGCCAAGAACUAUCCGCCAAGUUAUGGGACCUAUGCUUUUGAUGGGUAUCAUUCCUAGUGGUCCAAAGGGAUGUGAACCAAAGACAUUAGAACCCUACCUAGAAAUCCUUAUUGAAGAGCUCCUAGAUCUGACAGAGUUUCCACUACAGAAUGCUUACAUUGGGGCACCAACAACAGUUAAAGUAGCCUUGUUGCAGUUUCUUUGUGACAUUCCCGCCUACUCAAAACUUCUUCAUCUCUCUGGACACUCAGCUCUUCGAUCGUGCCCAUAUUGUAAUGAAGUUGGACAUUACUGCCAUUCUCUAAAGAAGACCAUACAUGUAUCCAACAGACAUUUCCUGCCAAUUGGUGACAAGAUGAGGGAAGGGACUGGCUUUGCAUUGCAGGACCGAGAAACCAAAAAUCCAACGACAAUAUCGAAUGAGCAGGAAAAACAAAUGAGACUCAAGUAUGACAGAUUGCCAAACAAAACUCAGAAGCAAAAACACCAGAAGGAGACUGGACUGAAGGGCACAUAUGCACUCAUGAAACUCCCCUACCACAACAGAUUACAUCAAAUGCAGCCGGACGGAAUGCAUACUAUUGCAGAUUUCAUUUCACACGUGAUAGACAUGCUGAUUGGCAAGCAUGAUGGAGUCAAUGUAAGAAGUUGUGAAAAGUCAUUCAACCGAUUUCCUGAAAUUUGGGUUCAGCGAAAUUCAGCAGUUACUGAAGCCUUGCCACCCCAGGGAACAAAACGAAACAAAAAAAGAAGACUGAAUGAAGAAAAUGUGAAUCCAGAAGAAAGUAUCGUAUUGCACCCUACACCUUGGUCCCUAUCAAAGGAACAAAUAAAGACAGCGGAUGCCAGAGCAGCGUCAAUCACCUACAGCAUAGCUCACAAUAUUUCACCGGGACCACAUUUCUCAAAGCCGUGGACACUACGGACGAUGAAUGCAAAACUUCAGUUUGUAACAAGUGGUGCUCUUGCUUGGUGUAUCAACGGAUUUUUACCCAAGCAACAAGAAGAAACCCUGCUAUUGGUCUUGAAUAUUAUCAAGAGAAUGGUUUCACCGCAGUUGAAAGAAGAAGAUAUUCCCGAGUUGCAGGAAGAUGCACACUCAGCUUUGAGUCUAUUUGAACGAGAUUUCCCCCUUUCCAUGCAGAAUCUGGUCACUCAUUUGCUGCAUCAUGUCGUGGAUGGCUUCCCCACCUUUGGUCCUCUGUAUGGGAGAUGGCUCUUUCCUUAUGAAAGGGCCAAUGGAUGGAUUAGUAGACAGUGUUUAAAGAAAGGAGCUGAAGAAGCAACUGUGAUGGAGACAUAUGUUGUGUAUGACUGGUGUAUGUACAUGGUGAUGAGUCAGAAAUACAAGCCUCCGCAUGGUGCCGAUGAAGUGAUGAACAGAGUCCAACAUUCCCCUGAAGUCACCGCUUUUCAGAUCAGCCAAUCCCAGGACAAGGAUGUCAUCCUUACAGAGGCUAUGUCUGCACAUAUGCGAAAGUUCUACGAGACUUCAAUGAAAAUCAACAUCUUCUUCUUCAAUGAAUAUGCCAGCGAGAAAUACUCAUACAGCUCAGAAGAUCGAAAGAUUUGUACAAAACAUCACAACUCAAGAAAAAACUCCUCUAUUGUGAAAGUGUUAAGUGGCCACCUCCAGUUCGGGGAAGUGAGGAUGUUUCUCGAGCAUAAUGUGAAUUGUACAUUGCAGACAUGGGCUGUUGUAGAUGUUUUCCCAUUGGGGGAAAGGAAAGAUGGACUGUGCAAAUUUCAAAAUACCGUUCUCUUCCAGAGACUUGUUCACAUUAACUUGAUUAGUGAUCCACUAGUGUAUGUACAAAACGACAACUUCGUAUCUGUGUUAAAUGAUGCCGAUAUCAAAAAUCUGUAAAUGAAGCCUUAAUGUAUAAUUUUACAUGCAGCAAUGUAGUAUGUAGGUAGGUAGGUACAUGUAUGUAUUCAGACAAAUGAUGUUUAUAAAAUAUAAAGUUUACUUAAUGUCACAAGUGUCUAGAUGGAAAAUAUUCAUGUUUAUAUAAUAUCACUUAGGAAAUGCAAUUUUGAAAAACAACUAAAGUGAAGUGUGAAACUACAUAAGACAGCAGAAAAUAUAAUAUUUUACUCAUAUUAAUAUUCAUAAGUAAAGGGUUUGAAAGGUAAACCAACUGUGACUUUACAGUUAUUGAAUGAACAUUUACGUAGUGAAAAUGAAAAAUGCAAUUCAAUUUAGGUGAUGGUGCGUACGCUGUAUCUUGUUGUUGAGAUGCCCUCUACAUGGGUAGGACUCGGCCAUCUCUAAUUGAUUUCAUUUUUCUGAUAGUGUACAUAUACUUGCUAAUCAUAGAACUUAAGAAUAGUUGAUGUACCACAGCCAUUUACAAAUGAAGUGAUUAUUAUUUACUUUUUAUUCACGCAAUAGUAUACUUUUUAAAUACUUGCUGCAUUAUAUUUAAAAUGAUUGUCUUCUGUUUUGGUUUUUUUCUCUGUUUCUUGUUUGAAUUCAUACUGGCUGUAAGAGAAUUGAUACACGUACCGUGAUGUUUUCUAUUACAUGUAUGUUAUUUAUUAGAUAUAUGGAGUAUAAAAAUUAAUAAAAGUAGUACUUAUAAUAUUUCGUUUCUUUUAUUUAAUUUAUUGAUCAGGGAAACAACAUUAAUCAAAAUUAUAUUGGCAAUGAUUUUCAAACAUCAUAGACAACAAAAAGUGUAUAAAUAAAACUGUUGAAAGAGUCUUGUUGUAUGGUAUUUGAAAUUAAUCAUUAAGCUGUUGAAUCAGGGGCGUAUAUUCAUAAUAUUGGUUGAUUG